CAGUCGUACCACUGCUACACUCAUCUGUUGGAUAAAAUGUGUUCAACUGAAGUGGCUGUUUUGAAUGGUUACGUGAACACACAAUUUAUAUAAAUAUGGGAAACUCGAUGUAUACACACGUGUGCUGUUUAAUCAGUCAGUUGUACUUUUAUGAAAAGGAGAUAUAUUUCAGUUAUCAUGUGAUCACAAGUUCGGACCUAUAGUUCUGACAAUAGAUGGAGUUUAAGGUAACACCAAAAUGACGAAGCGUUGACAGACAUAUGCCAAUGAUAGAAAGAGAUGGGGUUGACACUAGGUCUUCAAUAUUCCCACGUAACGGAGGGUGACGUCACCAGGUGCGUGCCCAAGACGCGCUUCCGGCCGCUCCCUGCCACCCACAGAAAGUCAUCGGGGACGCUCAUCUUCGAAACGAUGGCUUACCCAAUGGACUGCUGGCGGAACCGAAAAACGAGCCCAGAGUCUGUGUAUUGGUGGUGUGAUGGCCAGUUUGUACCGAACGAUGACUGUUCGCUGUUCAUUGCCGGGGGAGCGUUCAAUCCCCGAACCACACAUGCCUGGAUCAGUAUCCUCCAUGCAAGGGCGGGUCGAGUGAUCAAACUGGACAUGAGUGGCGAUAUAAUAGGUGGGGAACAUCUUACAGACACAUCCAUGGCUAACUUCCCCAAACUCCAGAUGCACCCAUCAGGACACUAUUUCUCCUAUAUCGGGCCCGAGUCUGUCAUGAUUGAGACCACAGAUCAUGAACCGGUCUACUCCAGGUGCAAGGACCUCAGAAUGUGCAAUCACAAAUUCUGCGCCUUCUCGCCCAACGGGAAAUACAUAGCCAUUAUUCAAACUCACUCCAGACAUAUCGAGUUAGUAUUAUCGCGGCUCGAUAAAGGCUCAACUGCCUACGACACCGGUGUGACACUGUCUGCGCUGCUCAAGGAUUUCCGUAGCCAGGCCUAUAAUGAACAUAUCGAAUGCAAAUGGUCCCCGGACAGUGAAUACAUACUUAUAUGCUCCAACAUAGAUUUUAUGUUUGUGUUAAACAAGCAAUUGGAAUUAGUUGUCAACAUAACCAGAGAUAUACUUCCAGACGACGCAUUUCCCAGCUGGGCUGGAAGUUUUGAUUACGACCCGCGGUAUCUGCACGAUAUGGCGGCUGUAGGGUGCAAAAAUAGGUGUGUGUACUUCGUGAACAUUGGACUGAAAGAAGUUAUUCGAAAAUCAGCCACUCUAGGGCAAGACAGCAUAGACUGCUUGACUUACCAUCCCCAGGGUUUGGCGAUAGCUGUGGCUUGUAGGGAUUUUAACAUAUUCAUUCUUGAUAGCGAAAAUGCUGAACUCGUUUUCCAGAUUGAUAUGAAAUUCACGUUACCAGAAUUGACACAUAAAUUCGCCAGUUUCCCGAGUGUGAUGCGGGUGGAGUACAACACGGUGGGGGAACAACUGGCAGUGUCCACGAGUGACGGCAGAGUGCGGAUGUGGCAACUUCCGGUACAGAUAAGCCUGUUUGACCAGUGCAAGUGGACCAUACUGGCACACGUCCCAGCUGCCUCCGUGGAGAAACUUCCGCUGCCCAGGCAGAUUGUCCUGAAACUGCUCAACUUCCCGACCCUGUCUGGAUCCGGAAAGACAGACUACAGUGAUAUAAACUCUAUCGAGUGCACUGUGAACUCGUAAGAGGCGCACUUUAUUUGUGAUAAUUAGAUUAGAAUUUUGUCCUAUUUGUUGCGUUUUUAAACAACACAACUUGAAACUUUAAGUAUUUUGUUCUGCCGCCGUUGAAGCAUGGUAGAAACAAGUCCGAAAUAUAUUUACUUUUUUGUGUUAUGUCUAAAUAAUAUAUACAGCUCAAUAAAACUUAUCAAUGAACAAAGUUUCAUAAAGAAAACAUUCUAAAAUUGACCAAGAUAAUGUUACAAUUUUUUCCGUACGAACGUAUGUUAACUACAUACCAUAAGGUUUCAUGAAUGGCGUUACCUUUGGCAUAACAGAAACUAAAGAUUAUAAAAGACAAAUAGGGUCUUACUGCACGGGUGCGAAACAGUGUUUC